AAUUAAGUUGGCAGGUCAACUAGAACCCGAUUUAUUUAAUAAAUGGAUCAGAAUGUUAGACCCAAAUCAAAUUCAUCUUCGGGUCGGGUUGACAAGUAAGAUUAUUUUUUCACACCUCUAGGUAGGGAAAGGCUUCAUAUUUUCCAGUUAAAUCUUAAAUAUGGCUAAAAAAGUCGAAUUCAUUUUUUUAUUAAGCUCAAGAAUAUAGUUUGCUGCCCAACAAUCCACCCAUACACGUGCAUCGCACGUGCAUAUGGCACCUUCAUCCUUCCCUCCAAAUCAGAAAAACAGAAAGCAUAAAUGCACAAAAGCAGAAAGCAAUUUUCUCAGAACGCUCGUUCACCUUCAACUCUGCAACUCACUUUGUUUCUUUUUCCUCUUCAUAAACCUGUGAACUUCAACCCGCAGCAACUCCUCUGCAAAUCCCGAAUAUAGCUUCAUUACUGAGGAGAAGCAUAAAAAAUGGAGCUUCUGUCCCAAAUGUGGUCACUUCUCGGCCUCCUCACCGUUCUACAAAACAUCCUCCCCACCCAGCUCCUGUCUCUUCUCCACUCCCUCUGGGAAUCCUUACAAGACGCCCUCACCCCUUACUCCUACUUCGACAUCCCCGAAUUCCUCGGCUCCGCUGCCGUCGACCCCAAUGAUCUCUACCGCCAUGUCCACCUCUACCUCUACCACUACCUCCUCCUCCACCCACCCUCUCCUCCCCCUCGCCUUACCCUCUCUUCCUCCCCAUCCUCUCCUUCUCCACCUUCUUUCUCUCUUUCCCCCAACCACUCCCUCCAGGACUCCUUCGCCGGCCACCGCCUGCUCUGGACCCACCAUUCUGACACCCUCCAUGACUCCCUUGAAGAGCGCCGCUCCUUCUCCCUCCGCCUCCCCAAGCGCCAUUCCUCUGCCCUUCUCCAUCCCUACCUCUCCCACCUCUCUUCCUCCGCCCGCACCAUUGCAAUCUCCUCCCGUGACCGCCGAAUUUUUACUAAUUCAUCUCCAACUUCAUGGUCCUCCGUCCCCUUCCGCCACCCCGCAACAUUCCAAACCCUCGCACUCCACCCUGAACUCCGCUCUUUCCUUCUCUCCGACCUCGACUCUUUCAUGGCUGGCCGUGAGUUCUAUGCAAGGGUUGGCCGACCAUGGAAGCGGGGGUAUCUCCUCCAUGGUCCGCCGGGCUCCGGAAAGUCCUCGCUAAUUGCCGCCAUGGCAAACCAUCUUCGAUAUGAUGUGUAUGACUUGGAACUCACUCGUGUGCCGCACAACUCUGCUCUUAAGUCCCUUCUCCUCCAAAUCACCCCUCGCUCGAUCAUAGUGAUUGAGGACAUCGAUUGUUCCCUCCAGUUAACUGGUGAGCGACAUUCAAAGAAGCGAAAGGCGGAUGAUGAAGAUGAUGAAGGGGAGAGGGUGACUUUAUCAGGACUACUGAAUUUUACGGACGGGCUGUGGUCGUGUUGUGGGGAAGAAAAGAUUAUUGUUUUCACGACAAAUUAUAAGGGAAGGGUGGACAAGGCAUUGUUGAGACCAGGAAGAAUGGAUGUGCACAUGCAACUUGGAGGGUGCGGAGCACAUAUGAUGAGGGAGAUGUUAGGGAGGUAUGUUGGUGGGGAGGCAGAAGAGGGGGAGGAGGAGGCGAUGAUGGAUGCAGCUGAGAGGUGCACGAGGAAUGGGGUGGUUAUAACAGCAGCGGAGGUUGGAGAGGUGUUGUUAAGGAAUAGGGGCCAGCGGGAGGUGGCGAUAAAGGAGCUCAUGGCAGAGUUGGAGUUGAGGAUUAAUGGUGGGUGUUCAGAGGAAUUAGAAGAAGGGUGGGUGGAGGAGGAGGAGGUGGAGGUGGAGGAAGAGGCGGCGACAGGGAGGGAGAAGAGGAGGAGAGGGAGGAAUGGGUGCGCUGUUAGAGAAGCUAGCGGUGGUUGGGAGAGGCAGGUGCGGUUCUUCGGUCGGCUGCGAAGCUUGACCAAGUCGGAAUCAGGAAGAAGGGGAGUGUAGAAAGAUCAAAACCAUUGCAUCUAGUGGGAGGCUUGGACUAACUUUUGCAUUAGCUGUACCAGUCAAUAAAUUGUUGUCAUUGUAACCCUUUUGUCUAUAACUCCGGAUUAGUUUCUUGAUAUUAGCUUUAUUGUAAGGUUAUCGUAGUAGCUGUUUUUAAUAUUGCAAUUCUUGUAAAUGUUGACUACCAUGUAUUUGUAUUUCUGGAAGUCUGCAUGUUGGGGUGUGUUUGCUUGACUAUUUGUGCAUUAAGUGCAUUGCUAUGCAUAAAUAUGCAUUUUUUAGUGCAAGUUAGGAAAUUGCAAGUUCU